CCUCCCUCUGUAAAGCUGUUGUUAUUCCCUGUGACGUUUGCAGUGGUGGGUCUGAUCCUGGCCGACUGUCAGUGUCUCAGCGUCAGUGUCUGUGUGUCAGUGUCUCACAGUCUGUGUGCAUGUGUUCUCUGCAGUAGUCAGACAGCUGGUGAUGAGCCUGCUGUGUAUUUAAAGCUCGGGGGGAAGCGGAAGUGUGGCCCGCUCCGUGUUAUCAACCGAGAGAGCCGCUAGCUGUGUUAGCACGGAGCUGCACAGGGUUUCUAACAUCACCCGGCGGACUGCUGUCACGCUCACUAACCACACACAGUGAUAUGAGACGAGGACACGGUGAGGGGACAGCGGGGCGGUGAUGUCUGUCGAGGUGAAGCAUCAGUGAGAAGACGACACGGAAACAAACCUAACCCAAGCUGCAGGAGAGCCGAGUUUGUACGUUCUGCUCCCUCCUUCAUCCCUCUCGUCUGACCCUCACCUCCAUCUGGAGGGCCAGUAUCAGGACAGAGCAACCAUGACGACGGGUGGGUGUUGCCACCUUCCUGGCUCUCUGUGUGACUGUGCCAGCGGCACGGGUCUGUGGAAGAGCGUGGAGGAGUCAGGCAGUGACGGGUGCCAGGCUCUGUACGUCACACAGGUCACGGCCAUUGAUGGACGGAUGCUGUCGUCUGUGCUCAAACCCAUGGCCUCACAGAGUGAUGGUCCCAUAUGUCGUAUCUGCCACGAAGGAGGCAACAGCGAGUGUCUCCUGUCCCCCUGUGACUGCACAGGCACCCUGGGGGCGGUGCACAAGAGCUGCCUGGAGAAGUGGCUGUCAUCUUCCAACACCAGCUACUGUGAGCUCUGCCACACAGAGUUCAGCAUCGAGCGCCGACCACGGCCUCUCACAGAGGUAACAAAGUGGCUGCGGGACCCCGGCCCUCGUAAUGAGAAGAGGACGCUGUUCUGUGACAUGAUAUGCUUCCUGUUUAUCACACCACUGGCAGCCAUUUCAGGCUGGCUGUGUCUGCGGGGCGCUCAGGACCACCUUCAGCUGGGGAGCUGGCUGCAGGCGGUCGGCCUCAUCGCCCUCACCAUCGCCCUCUUCACCAUCUACGUUCUCUGGACCCUGGUGUCGUUCCGCUACCACUGUCAGCUGUACUCUGAGUGGAGAAGAACAAAUCAGAGAGUACGGUUGCUCAUACCUGAAGCCAAGGAGUCUAACUCUUCCCAGCAUUCUUUGCUCUCCAGUAAACUGAUGAAGAAGCCUGCCAAUGAGAGUAUAGUAUGAGACUGAGUGGGAUUGGUCGAUGGAAGAAGUGUCUUUUGUGAGUGUUGGGGCUUAUUCUCAGUGCGUCAUGCCUGCCAGACUUUUAACGAGCACUCGUGGGCCUUUUAUUUGAUCUUUUCCCUUUUAUUUCCUUAUCCCAUCAGUCCCUAUUUUUUCACAUUUCCUUUUUUAAUAAAACCUGUCCUUGUGUGGGUGUUGCACUGAGCACACUUAAAUAGUCUGUCAUUGACAGAGCUGAUGCAAAGGCACUGAAGAAUGGAACAGUACCAAAGCGAGCAGAGACAUUAACAGAGACUUGUUCAGUCUUAUGAUCCACGAUGUGAUGGUUACUAUAGCUAAUAAUGAAAGUAAAGUAAGGGAUGGACCAAACUCACUUGUAUAAUGGACGUUCAAAUGUUCUGCUUCAGAGAGUAAACUUUUCUAUUCGUUGUUGUGCUGCAGCGAUGAACAUGUGUAACCUUUAGAUUCAUGUCACAUCUGGGCAUGCAAUACAUAGGAGCUAUUUCAAGCAGUCAUUGAAAAGCUCAGCUCUUUGAUUUACUCACGUUUCACAGUACAGAUGUUAGUACGCUGUCGGAAAUCAGACUUUUUGGGUUUCGCACUUUUUGGCACGUUUCAGUGUUUUCUCUGCAUCUGUUUUCAUAUCUCACCUGAGAACGGAUGGCAGCGCAACAUUCGCAAAGCCAGAGAUUGUGCAAUAAAAACACUGUGGACUCCGAGGUCGCCACAGUACAUAAAGAGACCUCCGCCAACAUGGACAGUCAUGCAACUACUGUCUAUAAUUAUUUGGGGAUUUUUCUUUUUUUUUUUUUACUGUGUAAUUAGUCUUUUUUAAACCAAGAAGAAUGAACAGAUUUACUAUUCCUACUGAAGUAGGGUUUAACAAUGUCCUCACAGAGGUUCUUGUAUUAUCAGCACUUAACAAGUAGGUCUUUAUAUUUAUAUAAAUUGAGAAAACUCCCAUCAAUAUGGCUUUUAGAGGAGCAUUUCCAUGAGCAUUGUUUGGUGGCUGGUACUGUGUACUCAAACAUCAGUAUUGAUGGCCUGUUGAAGUACUUUGAGCUCUUUGUUUAGAUUUUGCUUUGUUUUUUAUAAGAAUUCAUAUUUCUAUACGUGUGUAGUUUCCAUGAUCACAACAAUCAGGGAUAUAGAUGAAAAAAAUCGUACGAUUUCGUCACAUCAGGUCAUGUUUAACCAUUGUUUCUGAAGUGGUGAUUUUUAGUGCUAUUGCCAAUCUGACAUAAACUUAACCCACCAACCAUGACUGUGAUCGGUGGACACAUUAUGCAAGCACCACAAAGGCCAAAUCUGAGUAAACUUUGUUUUGUCUUUUCUUUGAAGCAGGCCACUAGAUGCUCACAUGCUCUUUUAAGUCCAUUUGAUCAAGGUUUUCACUGCAUAGAGAAUUGCGAGGCCGCCGCCUCUGUCAAAUUUCAUGCCGCCUCCACCUCCCGACAAAAUUCUAGUACAUUGGAAACUGCUGAAAGUCAUCACGUUUGUCCGGGGCCAAAUUCAUCACUAAAAGAAUUGCUUAGCUUCUGUAUGACAGUCCCGGAACUUGAGGGAAUGAUCAGACACGUGUGUAAACUCAGACUGGGCAGAAAGGGCUGGAUUCGGUUGGCAGUGCUGAAUGAUACACGUAUGGUAGCUUAAAUUACUGACGGAGCUGGUGAAAACUGUAAAGAAUCACUGUUUUAUGGUCCAAAUAUGUAUGAAAAGACCCAAAAUGAACAUUAUCAGCAGACUGGCUCCCUGAGUGUCUGCUCGGGCUUGUUACCCCCUGGUCUGACGGCUCAGUACCACCCCCACCUAAUUUUCGGCCAGGAAAAACCCUGUUGAUGGAUGUUGUCUUCUUGAGGAGGUGUUACAUUGUGAUGUUACUGACCAGAACAGCUCGUACUGGCUGUGAUUGGGACGGCAGAGAGAAUUCACUUCUCUCUCUUGUAUAUAGUUUGGUGCAGCUGUAAGUCAGGUCACUCAGAGUGGCUGAUAACAGACCAGUCAGAGAAGAUAUUCUCUGAUUUCUGAGGCAAAAAAAACCUGAAACCAGAGCCUGGUUUCCAGAUUUCCACGUCAUAAUGUGGUCGACUUUGAAAGCAUUUAUUUCUUCAUUCCAUGUAAUUUGGUUUAUGAGGAGAAGGUUGAUUAAACACAAUGUGAAUCAUCCACAGGGUGAGAGGGUUAAAGGGGAAAACUCCAAUAACAUUUGUAAAACAAUGUUAAAAUGAAAAUGAUUCAGUCCAUGGACCUGAUGCAGGCCAUAGACACUAACACAUGGGCUUUAAGAAAACAACACAGCAUCCUUUUAGAGGACAUACAGGUGCUAAGCUCAGAGUUCAGUAUUACUGUGUAUGUCUUACAGGGUUUAGUUUCAUUUAUAGCUGCACAAUUCUGUUGGAUGCAAUUUAAAACAUGCCUUAACACAGGAGGCAUUGAGAGCAAUGGGGCGAGCUUUAAAUCUGUAAUGGCUGUUAUUGUUACAAGCUAAAGUUUAAUUUAAUUCAAAAUAAUCAUUUGCUUUUGGAUUUCAUUUUGUCUUCAGUGCAGUGGCAGUUAUAACUUUGUGACUUUGUUUAAUUUUUGUUUUGAUUAACAUACUCUUAUCAUGCUUUUGCUUAAUUUUGUUUUAUAAAAGUCCUGUAGUCUGGAUUUUAUGCACAUUUGCGUUGAUAAUGUCUUUAAUUUAAUGUAUAUGUAUUUCUUUAUUAACAAUCAGGCUUGAACAAUGUAUUGAGUUAAACUGGUAUGUGGUGGCAUGGCAAAGUCACAGAGAUGUUUUUAAAAUGUCAAUUCAGAGUGAAUUUUGGUUCGUGGCUGUCUAUAAGCAUCCGUAGGUUUUUCCUCCUGCACUGUGAUGGCUGUCAUACUUCAAACACUUUGUGUUCUGAAAUUUCAGUACAAGUUAAGUGGAUCUUUGUGGCUGUUGUGCAGCGUCACUGGAGCGCAGUGCGUCACAGUGGUGGUGUUUGAUGGGAAAUUGACCAGAUGUGUUUGUUAUGUGACACUACCAGUCACUUGUAGCUGUUAUUUCUAGAGCUCCCCUUAUUGGGGAGUAAAAAAUUUCAAAUCAUGAUAUACCAGCUGAUUUAAAAAAAAUGAGGCAAUGAUUCCUGAGAUGUUGUCAAAACAUUUUGACAAAGAAAGGUGACUGAGGCUUGAUAUUCUACAGUUUGAGUAUAAACUUUAAUAUGAAUAACAAUAAAUUAAAAGAAAACUACCGAUACAACCAAAUAUACGGAUCUUAAAGAAAAUAAAUCUAAUUUGUCACAUUAACGUUAAACGUGAAUACUCAUCUUUUCUGCAUUGUUUAUUCUUCAAAAUAAAAGCUUAAUACAACAAACAAAGCUGAUACUGAUAUGUUCUUGAAAGGCACAUAACGGCGGGUCAUCCAACAAAUGGGUCUGGCUCUAGUUAUUUCCCUGCCCUGGCUUCACCAGACUAACAUCACCCUUUGGAACAUUGAGCUGAUGGUGUGGUGUCCCACAUUCUGCCCCAGUUAAUCUUUUGUUUGGGUUUUUAAUUGAUCGAAGGAUUAUAUCCUGCAAUACUCCGAUGCACCCGGGGCCUUGCCUGCUUUACAAGCUUAUGAGUCAUUUGAUCAUCCGUGUUUACUGUUUGUCAUAAACAAGGCUUUGCUUCAGGCAUUAGGGUCGACUGGGGCACUGAUUCACGGCAAAGAGGUGAUGAUUUAAAAUAGCUUAAAAACAAGAAACUGGAUUUUAAUGUAGAUCGAUGGUGUUUUCUGUUUUGAAAGUUUCCCUCAAAUUAUGCAGAACUGUCCCUCCUUCAAAUACCUGUCUGUUCAUGUCAGAGUUAUCAGAGCUCCUCAUUUCUCCAAAGAGUUUCAUAACACAUUAACCAUGAUGCAAUUGUUUCUUUAUAUAGAUUCCACAGCUCAAACCCACAAAGGGAUUUUAAAUCGUUUAUAACUCAAACAAACAUGUAGAUGUUUCUGUUUAUGAUAUGACAUUUUUGUAAUAUUUUAAUUCUACAUGUCUUUUUUUGGAGGGUGGAGAUGUUAAUGUUUGUAUCAUUUGUUGCAGUUCAGUAUUCACACUUGCCAAUAAUAUGCUGUUUAUGGUGUGCUGUGGAAAAAAAGAAAGAUGUCUUCACUUAACCCUGGUACCUGCAAUCAGCCAAGAAUUAUUUGCAAAGCAAAUAAAAAUGAUGAAAAAUGA